CAACAUAAAAAGGGAACAGAAGCUGUGACCACUCAAAAACCCACAAUGCCUGAAGAAACCACGUCGAUUGAUUACGUCAUGGAGGCCGCAUCUGGGGCCCACUUCUCCGGCCUUAGACUCGACGCCCUGCUACCUUCCUCCGCCACCGCCUCCGCCUCUCCUGAUUCAACCCUAGCCUCGGAUUCCCACCCCAAUCGCCCUUUCGUUAUUGGUGUUUCCGGCGGUACUGCCUCCGGGAAAACCACUGUCUGCGACAUGAUCAUUCAGCAGCUUCACGAUCACCGCGUCGUCCUAGUCAAUCAGGACUCGUUUUAUCGUGGGCUGAGACCCGAAGAGUUGGAACGUGUUCAUGAGUACAAUUUCGAUCACCCUGAUGCUUUUGACACCGAGCAGUUGUUAGAGUGCAUGGGGAAACUCAUCAGUGGCCAGGGCGUGCAUGUUCCCAUCUAUGACUUCAAGAAACAUCAGCGUUCUUCUGAUAGUUUUCGCCAGGUUAAUGCCUCUGAUGUGAUUAUAUUGGAGGGGAUUCUUGUAUUCCACGAUCAGCAUGUACGGGAUCUGAUGAACAUGAAGAUCUUUGUAGACACAGAUGCUGAUGUGAGGCUUGCUCGUAGAAUUAGACGUGACACAGUUGAGAGGGGCAGGGAUAUAAACUCUGUUCUUGAACAGUAUGCAAAAUUUGUUAAGCCUGCAUUUGAUGAUUUUGUUCUACCAUCAAAAAAGUAUGCUGAUGUGAUCAUUCCUCGUGGAGGUGAUAAUCAUGUAGCCAUUGAUUUGAUCGUGCAACAUAUUCGGACAAAGCUUGGUCAACAUGAUCUAUGCAAAAUAUAUCCAAAUGUCUAUGUUAUUCAGUCUACAUUCCAGAUAAGAGGGAUGCAUACAUUGAUUAGGGACCGAGACAUAUCAAAGCAUGAUUUCGUGUUUUAUUCAGAUCGUCUUAUACGCCUGGUUGUUGAGCAUGGUCUAGGUCAUCUGCCUUUCACCGAAAAGCAAGUGGUUACUCCCACAGGAUCUGUCUAUACUGGUGUUGAUUUCUGCAAAAAGUUGUGUGGUGUUUCAAUUGUACGAAGUGGUGAGAGCAUGGAAAAUGCACUUCGUGCAUGUUGUAAAGGCAUUAAAAUUGGUAAAAUUCUGAUUCACCGGGAUGGAGACAACGGAAAACAGGUAAAUGAAUUAUUUGGAAUUAGACAUGGAUGUACACGUUCUUUACUGAUGUUGGUUUUCAAUGGUAAACCCUUUGCUUCUGAGCAGCUUAUAUAUGAAAAGCUUCCCAAGGAUAUUUCAGAACGGCAUGUUUUGCUUCUUGACCCGGUCCUGGCCACAGGUAACUCUGCCAACCAAGCAAUUGAAUUACUCAUUCAGAAAGGAGUACCAGAAAACCACAUUAUAUUCCUGAACCUCAUUUCUGCUCCUGAGGGAAUCCAUUGCGUGUGUAAAAGGUUUCCGUCAUUGAAGAUUGUCACAUCUGAGAUUGAUGUUGAACUGAAUGAAGAGUACCGUGUUAUCCCAGGAUUAGGUGAAUUUGGUGAUCGCUACUUUGGCACCGAUGAUUGAUCCUGCAGCAUGACCAAAGGUGGAGACACCUUUUCGGUAGCAGCUGCCUUGAUUAAGAAUUCGAGAAGCAGCUCGCUACAUUGUAUUGAGAUGCUAAAGAUUCAUCAAAACCAGCUUUAUUGUGAUUUGAGGCAGCCAGAUUAACACCAAUGCAAACCUGCAUUGACGUUGAUAUACAAGAAUGGUUUUCAUAUUAUUAAAUGUAGAUAUCAGUCUUAGCAAGAUGAUGUCACCAAACACAAAUUGCUUUGCACAAUUCUGUCAAUCUUGAUUUGCAAUUAAUUAGUUAUGUGGAAAAAUAUUCCCCAGUGAUCGGUACAAUCUAUAUAACAACCAGAUCAAUCAUCGAUAUAUGUAAAUUGUGUGUUACUAUAUUUCGUACAUAUA